AAAACGGAUAUCGGUAGUAGUUCAGUACCAUAGUGACAGUACAGUAAAUUCUGUUAUGGUUUAUUUGUAAGUAAUUAAGCAAUUUUAAAUUUUUACCAUUUUACUGUGAUCGCACACACUCUACCUCCUGGACUCUGCAUUGAUCCAUUUUUUGCAAUUUUUGUUGAUAAUACUUGUUGGGAAACACUUGUGUAUGGAAUUUUGAAGUGUAAAGUUGGUUUAAUAUCGUAUUUAUACAGUAUUCUUGGAUAAGUUUUUUCAACAAACCGCAGACUUAUGUUUUUUCAAUGUCGCAUGCAGUUGCGUUGUGUAUUAUGUACGUUCUACUUGCGGCUGUUCGUAGCUUUGGUAGGUGACACACUGUUGCCCAUUGUAACUUGUUCUUGGAAGAAGUGAGAAACUGUUUCGUCGAGAUUCUCUGGCGAUAAUCGACAUUUGGUCAGACUAAAUUGCAGCCAUCUAGAGCUUGUUGUGAAUGUCAUCAUAAGUUAUUCAACGUAAAACCUGGAACAGCGCGUUGGAAUGGUGGAUCUGGAUCAUGCAUUUUUAAAGAUUAAUCAGAGGACAACAGUUAGUUGUUUUUAGUUGUGGUCUUUCUCGUCGCCACUCUAUAUAUACAUAUUUGUGGAAUCAUAGCGUCGAAUUUGAACCGCUUUGAUAACAUACGUAUACCGCGUCGUACGUUCAUGAACAGAAUUUAUCAGGCUGCAUUAUCGGAAGUUUGAUGCGAUAAACCGAAACGCAGAGUGUUCUUUCUAUCCGAUCCGUUUAAUAAUAUUGUGGACGUAACUGCACUUCGACUGUGUACGACAGCGUUCUUCUUGUAUGAGCUCUGCAGCCUUAUCUGCAACAUUUGCAAAUUCGUUCAGACUGUCAUUGGGUUUAUCGGAAAUUUCGUACACUAGGCUUCUCACUCGGGCUAUACGCUGCCGGAAUCGGAAAUUCUAUAUAAGCUCUGUUUGAAGGCAUUAUUCUGACAUGGACACAGAGUCGGCCCCAGUUGAUAAUAAGAUGGAUGUGGAACCCCAGCUUGUUUCCGAUGCAGCGGGUGAAUCUAAAGUGGAAGAAGUACGCGGACAGAAGUUUGAUGUGGGUCCUCGUUAUUCUAAUUUGCAGUACAUAGGAGAGGGGGCAUAUGGAAUGGUGGUAUCCGCGUUCGACAAGGAGACGCAUGCUAAGGUGGCCAUUAAGAAGAUUUCCCCCUUUGAACAUCAGACGUACUGCCAACGAACGCUGCGCGAAAUAAAAAUUUUGAGCCGUUUUCGCCAUGAAAAUAUAAUUGACAUUCGGGAUGUGCUACGAGCUAGCACCAUUGAGCAGAUGAAGGAUGUUUACAUCGUACAGUGUCUGAUGGAAACCGACAUGUAUAAGUUGCUGAAGACGCAGCGCCUGAGCAAUGAUCACAUCUGCUAUUUCUUGUAUCAAAUAUUAAGAGGGUUAAAAUAUAUCCAUUCCGCCAAUGUCCUUCAUCGUGAUUUGAAACCGAGUAAUUUGCUGCUUAACACCAAUUGUGAUCUCAAGAUUUGCGAUUUUGGUCUGGCGAGAGUUGCUGAUCCGGAUCAUGAUCAUCGAGGAUUUCUUACCGAAUAUGUUGCCACGCGCUGGUAUAGAGCGCCGGAAAUAAUGUUGAAUUCUCGAGGUUAUACGAAGUCCAUCGAUGUCUGGUCUGUGGGGUGUAUCUUGGCAGAGAUGCUAUCAAAUCGUCCAAUUUUUCCUGGCAAACAUUAUCUGGAUCAAUUAAAUCACAUAUUGAAUAUUCUUGGAUCACCCUCCCAGGAUGACCUGCAUAGUAUUUACAAUGAAAAGGCUCGAGGAUACCUGGAGUCUCUUCCGAUUAAAACAAAGCAGGCCUGGGCGCGAUUGUUUCCCGCUGCGGAUGCCAAAGCAUUGGAUCUUUUAGAGCAGAUGCUGGCUUUCAAUCCCAGCAAGCGUGUCACCGUGGAAGACGCACUGAAGCAUCCGUACUUGGAACUGUAUUAUGAUCCAAUGGAUGAACCGGUGGCGGAAGAGCCGUUUACCUUUGAAAUGGAACUGGAUGACCUGCCAAAAGAACGGCUCAAGGAAAUGAUUUGGGAUGAAACGAUCACGUUGAAAAGAAGAAUGGGGUUGUUAUAACAGAUUGGAGUGUUUCGUUUUAUUCAGGUUCUCAUCGAAGAGUAGUGCAUGGUUUUUUAAAAAAAGUUUUUUGGUUUGAUCAGUUUUGUGUAAGAGUAUCGGUUACAGGGGCAUAUGUUUAAUUUUUUAUACCGAUGCUUAAUCGCGGUAAUUUUUUACGAUCAACGUGAACGUGCUGUUGACGUUAAUAUAUCAUUAUUUUAUUCAACUUUUAAGCUUUUAUACAUUUUGUGGUCCAAAUGUUGUUUUUUGUGGAUCGGCUUUUUGGUGUUGCUAAAUACGUUGCUUUGCGCUGAGAUCGUUGCUAACUACGGUAGUUUCAACGAUUUCUACUGUAGUAAAAGUGGAAGA